UUUGAAGAAUUUCUGGACGAUCUCAAAGUUGCUCUGAGACGGCGAUUGCGUUGCAACAUCUGUCUCUCUCUCUCUCUGUUGUUAAUCCGAUGAUAAUGCUACAUAAGCAUAGAAUGAUGCUGCUCCUGCGCAAUCGAAUUCGUAGCUAGAGUUAGCUUUUCCCAAUUCGAAUUCACGAUCCGAUCCACAACAUGUCCAAGUCUCUACCCUACUCCACCAAAGAUGUUGACUACGAUAACGCCAAGUUUCGCCACCGUUCUCUCUUCAAGGUUAUUACUCAGAGCUUACUCACCAGUAACCUGAAGCGUGAUUGUAUUAGCUGUAGUACAGGAAAAUUUCUAUUCUUGUUAUUGAUCUUUGGUGUAGCAUAUCUUAUGCUUGGACAUUCAAGUUCUGGUGGUGUAGUUUCUAAUGAUCAAGCAAUUGUGAAUAGAAACAGUGAAAGAGUUGGCGGUAUUAUUAAUGGUGCUGGCAAAUUGAAGAGGUUAUGGAGACGGCCUCCGAGGCUUCCUCCUCGGCUGCCACCGGAUGCUAAAGAGACUGAUAAUGGUGUUGGAGGUGUACCUGGAAAUCCAGAUGACAGAUCAAUGUGGAUUACUAGGCAGAAAAAAGUCAAGGAAGCUUUUGUUCAUGCGUGGUCUGGAUACAGAAAAUAUGCCAUGGGUUAUGAUGAACUUAUGCCGCUUAGUCAACGUGGAAUUGAUGGUUUAGGAGGGUUAGGUGCUACGGUGGUGGAUGCUCUUGAUACAGCCAUGAUAAUGGGUCUUGAUGAAGUUGUUGGUGAAGCAGGAUCUUGGGUUGAAGAACACCUUUCUGAGAGAAUUAGCAAGAAGGGCCAAGUGAAUUUAUUUGAAACCACUAUACGGGUUUUGGGUGGGCUUUUAAGUGCGUACCAUCUAAGUGGUGGGGAGAAAGGAAUGAACUUGACUCAUGCAGGACCUAAACCAGCUGUUUAUCUAGAAACUGCUAAGAAUUUGGCUGAUCGUCUGAUGUCUGCUUUUACAGCCAGUCCAACUGCCAUUCCAUUUAGUGAUGUUGUUCUGCGUGACUCGUCAAGCCAUCCAGCUCCUGGUGGACUGAGUAGCACAUCAGAAGUUUCCACUUUACAACUUGAGUUCAAUUAUCUAAGUUCUGUAUCUGGUGACCAGAAAUAUAGUUUGGAGGCAAUGAAAGUCAUGGAUCACAUGAAGACUCUUCCAAAGAUUGAAGGACUUGUUCCUAUAUACAUUAGCCCCCAUUCUGGUGAAUUUAGUGGAGAAAAUAUUAGACUGGGAUCUCGUGGUGACAGUUACUAUGAGUACUUAAUUAAAGUAUGGCUUCAGAGUGGAGCUAGUAGCAAUAGUAAUACAUCAUAUCUAUAUGAAAUGUACAAGGAAGCAAUGAAUGGUGUUAGGCAUCUUCUUGUUCGGAAAUCAAUUCCAAAUGGGCUAGUUUUUGUUGGAGAAUUGCCUUAUGGAUCAAAUGGUGGCUUCAGCCCAAAAAUGGAUCACCUGGUGUGUUUCCUACCUGGUACUCUUGCACUCGGUGCCACUAAAGGCCUUACAAAGAAGCAGGCAAUGGAAAACAAUAUGCUCAACUUUGAAGAUCUAGAAAAUUUGAAGCUUGCGGAAGAUCUGGCUAAAACAUGCUUUGAAAUGUAUGCAGUAACUUCAAUUGGUCUGGCUCCUGAAAUUGCUUACUUUCAUACUGAGGAACUUUCUGAACAAGGUCAUGAUGGAGGAAAUAAGAGCUCAGAAUUUGUUAAUGACAUCAUAAUAAAACCUGCUGACCGUCACAAUCUUUUGAGACCUGAGACUGUGGAGUCGUUGUUUGUUUUGUUCCGAAUUACAAAAGAUCCGAAAUAUCGUGAAUGGGGUUGGCAAAUCUUUGAAGCUUUUGAAAAGUAUACAAAGGUUGAUACUGGAGGAUAUUGUUCUCUGGAUGAUGUAACUAGUGUUCCUCCUCAUAGAAGAGACAAAAUGGAGACUUUCUUUCUAGGAGAAACACUCAAGUAUUUAUACUUGCUGUUUGGGGACAGCGCUGUUAUUCCAUUGGAUAAAUUUGUUUUUAACACGGAAGCACAUCCUAUACCAAUCAAUUUGAAGAAAUGAUUUUUUUUCUUUCAUCAAAGCAUUCAAUACAAAGGUAUUCAAAUUAUGGACCGCAGUGGCACAAAGUGCGAUGCUUCUUUGAAGUUACUCUAGCAUCUCUUUCACGAACCCAGUGCACUUCUGGUUGUAAAGGAAUUGAUUAGCUGGAUUCUCAGGGAUAGUAAAAACUGUGAAAUACUGUUGAAUCAUGCAAUAUAUCAGCAAACACAUCUUGGAGACUGAAUUGAUUAUAUGACUCACUUUCGUCGAUUUGCAACCGGCCAAUUUUAGUGAGAAUGUAAAAUUUUGUUUCAAAAGUCAUAAACAACGAGCAGCUUUUGUAAUUGAAUUGUAUGAUUUUCCAGUAUCUUUCUGGAUACUUAGCACUUAAAAUGUUUGAUUAUAUGAUCAUCAUUACUUUCCU